UUUUGGCGCAAUAUUCGCGGUAAAUAAAAUGAACAAGAAGGAACACACAUUAAGGGUUGGGGUCGGUGUUGGGGUAUUUAUAACUAGUCCUGAUCAUCCAGGAUGUGUCCUGAUUGGUAAAAGGAAAGGAUCAUCGGGUAGUGGAACAUAUGGUCUACCUGGAGGACAUUUAGAAUUCAGUGAAGAAUGGCAUGAUUGUGCAUCACGAGAAACAUUAGAAGAAACUGGAUUAUGUAUCACAAACAUAUCAUUUGGUACAGUGGUUAACUCAGUUUUGAAGGAAGAGGAUUACCACUAUAUAACAAUAUUUAUGAAGGCUGAGGUGGAUAGAAAGAGUCAAGUAACAGAACCUAUGAACAAAGAACCAGAAAAAUGUGAAGGAUGGGGUUGGUGUGAAUGGCAUUCCAGUACUUUUCCAUCUCCACUUUUUGAUCCAUUGAAAAAAGCAAGACAACAAGGCUAUGAUCCUUUUGAAGAUGAUAUGUAUGGUCAUAAAAACUCUUCUUUAUUCAAGAAAUGUGAAACAAAGUAAUGAUGAACUAAUGUGCAAAAAUGAUAGAACUUUGUUUAUUGCACUCCAACAUCAGCUACAACUAUGUUAUCCAUACAUAAAGAUAAAAUAUAAAAUAGACAGUCAUUGCUUAAUGGUCUUUGUCAAUUGAUUAAUUAAAAUAAUGACAAAUUAGUCUUUAGUUGAUGUCAUCCCGCCAUAUGGAAGAUGUGUAAGAUCUACAUCUUGGCCUGUAAUGUUGGACAUUUCUCUGGACAACAGUUCAUGGAGAGAUACCUGGUCACGCUUGUAAACCCAUUUAUUACCAACAAAAUCAUAUCUUUUAGGCCCACUGUUGGUAAAAACCAGAGUUAAAUAGUGCAUAUUGCCAUAUAAUAUUUGUAUGAAAAAAAUAAUUUCCUUUAUAAUUGUAUAAUUGUUGCUCAAAAAUUAAAAAUUUGAAACCUGUCUUUCCCUACCUUUUGGGAGAUGACAGCCAAA